UAAGUCAUAAUCGAUUUUUGAGGAUCCGUAGAAGUUUUGAUUGUAGGAUGAAAGUUAUCAAGUUUCUGUGUGGUAUUUUCUUCUUAUUAAUAUGUGUUAUUUGCUUUGCAACUGCUGGAGAACAGUCAGUUGGAACUGUUAUAGGUAUAGAUUUGGGUACAACCUAUUCCUGUGUUGGCGUCAUGCAAAAUGGCAAGGUGGAGAUCAUUGCAAACGAGUUGGGUAAUAGAAUAACCCCUUCCUACGUUUCUUUUACUCCGGAGGAAAGAUUGGUGGGGGAUGCUGCUAAGAAUCAAGCUCCUUUGAACCCAACCAAUACUAUUUAUGAUGUGAAAAGAUUUAUUGGUCGCCGAUUUGACGAACCAACUGUACAGAGAGAUAGGAAGUUAUUGCCAUACGAAAUUGUGAACAAGGAUGGAAAGCCUUAUAUUCAAGUGGAGAUAAAAGGAGAGAAGAAACAAUUUGCACCAGAGGAAAUAUCAGCUAUGGUGCUUGGUAAAAUGAAGAAGAUUGCUGAGGAGUUCCUUGGAAAGGAAAUCAAAAACGCAGUAGUAACUGUCCCGGCAUAUUUUAAUGAUGCUCAACGUCAGGCAACUAAAGAUGCUGGUACUAUUUCAGGCUUGAAUGUUUUACGCAUUAUCAAUGAGCCCACUGCUGCGGCUAUUGCAUAUGGUUUGGAUAAACGUGGAAAAGAGAAAAACGUUUUGGUAUUUGACUUGGGAGGUGGAACCUUUGAUGUCACUUUAUUGACCAUAGACAAUGGUGUCUUUGAAGUUGUGGCUACAAAUGGUGAUACCCAUCUUGGCGGUGAAGACUUUGAUCAAAGAGUAGUAGAUUACUUUGUAAAACUGUUUAAGAAGAAAUAUGACAAAGACUUGACCAAGGAUAGGAAAGCAAUGGCCAAGUUGCGACGCGAAGUUGAAAAAGCCAAGAGAGCUCUGUCGUCGCAGUCACAAGUCCGAGUAGAGAUUGAAUCUCUUUACGACAACCAAGACUUUUCUGAAACUCUUACUCGCGCACGUUUUGAGGAGCUUAAUGCUGAUCUAUUUAGAAAGACUUUGAAGCCUGUUGAAAAGGUUCUACAAGACGCCGAAAUGAAAAAGUCAGAAGUUGACGAAAUUGUUCUAGUUGGAGGCUCUACUCGUAUUCCAAAGGUACAGGAACUCUUAAAAGACUUUUUCAAUGGGAAAGAGUUGCAUAAGAAUAUUAAUCCAGACGAAGCUGUCGCAUACGGUGCUGCUGUGCAAGGCGGUAUUCUCUCAGGAGAAGGCGGUGAACAAACAAAGGAUAUGGUGCUUCUCGACGUUACUCCUUUAUCUUUGGGUAUCGAAACUGUUGGUGGAGUUAUGACGAAGCUUAUCAAACGAAAUUCUGUGAUCCCUACAAAGAAAACACAAAUAUUCACUACAUAUCAGGAUAACCAAGAAGUUGUUCUGAUUCAAGUUUUUGAAGGUGAAAGAGCUAUGACCAAAGAUAAUCAUCUUCUGGGCAAGUUUGAGUUGAAAGGGAUUCCGCCAGCUCCUAGAGGAGUACCUCAGAUUGAAGUUACCUUUGAAAUAGACUCUAAUGGCAUACUUAGUGUUUCUGCAGUUGAGAAGGGUUCGAAUAAAAAGGAGCAAAUAACCAUAACCAACGACAAAGGACGACUGUCGCAAGAAGAGAUUGAAAGAAUGCUCAAGGAAGCUGAAGAAUACGCAGAAGAAGACAGGCGUCAGGCUAAAAAGGUCGAAGCUAGAAACGGAUUAGAAAACUAUAUUUAUUCAGUAAAGAAUUCAGUAGAAGAUAAACUAAAGGAGAAGUUGUCUGAAGAGGACAGGGAGACCAUUCUUUCGGCUAUAAAGAAUACGCAGGAAUGGUUGGAAGACAAUGAAGCUACAGCUGACUAUGAGGAACUGGAGCAUCAAAGAAAGGAACUGGAAGAUAUAUGCUCACCCAUUAUAGCGAAAGUUUAUCAAGACAUGGGUAGUGCAAGUUCGAGUGCUACUGAAGAUGAUGAAACAACUUCUGAAGAUGAAGGUCACGAUGAAUUAUAACUUUGUUGUAUAAACAAUAAAAAAGUGAUACUUGAU